AUGAUCACAAUUUCGUGCACCACUGAGGCAGUGCGCGAGGCUACAGUAGCAGCGACUAGGGCUGUUGAACGUCUUGGGGUGAGAAAUGGGAAUGAGAAUGAACAUGGAGAAGAUAGUGGAAAUGAUGAGAAUAACUUGGGGUAUCUCGAAAGACCUAUGACCCUUGCAACUUUUCUGAAGGUUAAACCGCCUAAGUUUAAAGAUACACUCAUUGCGACUGAUGCUGACAAUUGGUUUCGAGCUAUCGAACGAUCACUGCGAGCACAACAUGUUCCGGAAGGCCAACACGUGGAGUUCGCUACUUAUAUGCUGGAAGGAGAAGCUGAGCAUUGGUGGCAGGGGAUGCAGCGACUGUUGCAACAAGAUGAAGGUGAUAUUCCUUGGAAUACUUUUAAGGAUGAAUUUUAUAAGAAGUAUUUUCCAAGGGCAGCUCGUGACGCUAAAGAGAUGGAACUUAUGCAGCUGAAACAGGGGGGUCUUCGUGAGUAUUUGAUAAGUUCAGUAGUCCCAUUGGAGAUACGAGAUUUUGCUGAGCUGGUUAAUAAGUGUAAGUUAGUGGAAGAAUGUGCUAAGAAGGUAAUUGCAUCUAAAGUAAGUCAUCAAGGAUUUCCACCAAGGAACUACAAUAGUUAUAAUUGGCAACCACGAAGGACAAACUUCAAGACACCUGGUGUGCUACAGCGAAGGAAUCCACAAGUUGGUACCGCUCCUGCUCUCCUUAUGGGUAGAAACGGAGGUAGACCAAGGCAGGAUAAUGGACAUAUGACUAAAAAUUGCUCAAAGAGGUUUACCCAGAAUCCAGUGCGAACCCAGCAACAAGGUCGAGUGUUUGCUAUGACUGCUGAUGAUGCUAUGCAAUCAGACGCCCUGAUCCAAGAUUUUUCUGAGUUGAACUUUGAUCUAAUUGUUCAUACCCCUACAUCCCAAAAUGUUUUGACCAGUUUAGCGUGCCUGCAAGUACCAUUCACUAUUAGGAACAGGACUUUUAUACAUGAUCUAAUCUGUUUGCCUCUAUGUGGUUUAGAAGUUAUUCUAGGAUUAGAUUGGUUAUCUAAGUAUCAUGUUUUCCUUGAUUGCUAUGAAAGAACUGCUGUUAUUCUAUCUAAUGGUUUAGAUAUUAAACCAUUUUUGUCUCAUACUUUAUAUCUGAAUUUUGUAAGAGUUACCUUAGACGGGAGUGAUUGUGAGGGGUACGUUCUGUUAGCGGCUAGCUCGAAUGACAGUGAAUUAAGCUUAGAACGAAUCCGAGUGGUGAAGAAAUUUCCCGAUGUUUUCCCGAACGACAUACCUGAGUUUCCUCCUCAGCGAGAGAUAGAAUUCAGCAUUGAACUAGUACCUAGAACCGGACCGAUUUUCAUAGCACCGUACCUGAUGUCACCAUUGGAACUUGCAGAGUUAAAGAAGCAGUUGGAUGAGCUACUUGGAAAGAAAUUUAUUCGUCCCAGUGCAUCACCUUGGGGAGCUCCGGUAUUGCUAGUAAAGAAGAAGGAUGGUGGAAUGAGACUUUGCGUAGAUUACCGACAGUUAAAUAAAGUCACUAUCAAGAACAAGUAUCCACUUCCACGGAUAGAUGGUUUGAUGGAUCAGUUGAAAGGUGCAACUGUGUUCUCGAAGAUUGAUUUGCGAUCGGGCUAUCACCAGAUUCGAGUAAAAGAAUCAGAUAUACCGAAGACUGCAUUUAGAACUCGAUAUGGUCACUAUGAGUAUACGGUUAUGUCGUUUGGACUAACUAAUGCUCCUGUGAUUUUCAUGGAUUACAUGAAUCGUAUUUUCCGUCCGUACCUUGAUCAGUUCGUAGUAGUUUUCAUAGACGAUAUUCUCAUCUAUUCAAAGAUAGAAAGAGAGCAUGAAGAACAUCUAAGGACUGUAUUGCAGAUACUGAGGACUCAGAAGUUAUAUGCUAAACUAUCAAAGUGUGAAUUUGGGACAGAGAAGGUGGCAUUUUGGGAACAUAUCAUAUCACAGGGAGGAAUUGCAGUGGAUCCUUCAAAAAUUGAAGCAGUAGUGCAAUGGGAACCACCUACAACCGUUACAGAAGCUCGAAGUUUUCUCGGACUUGCUGGAUAUUACCGGAGGUUUAUUAGAGGGUUUUCAUAG